AUGUUGGACACGUUCGAGAUCAUCACCACCUCUGGUGUGGUGCUGUGGUCCAGGACAUAUGCGCCCGUCAACCCAUCAGUCGUCAACAACUUCAUCGCGGAUACUUUUAUCGAGGAAAUGACCGGGCCUGCGCCCACGAUUCGCGACGACAACUCGGCCACUACCAACCCUGCUUACAAGAGCGACCAGCACACAGUCAAUCAAUGGACAUAUGACGAGAAAGUCUUUAUACUGACACAAUGGGAAAUGCAGGUUGUCUACCGCUCACUGCUGCACCUCAGCUGGGUCGACAAGCUCGUCGACAACAUCCGGACUAUCUUUGUCAGCCUGUACGGUGACCUGUUCACUAGGCCGCAUGCCACCGCCGUCGACUGCUCCAAUUUCGACGACUACUUUGACCAGCAGCUCCAAGAGCUCGACAGGUCUGGCGCCUCCGCGCCCGAGAUCCAGCUUCAGGGCGCAACAGCGGGCUCGACCGAGUCGAUGUCGGCGCCGGGCCUGACAUACCGCGGCCGAUCCGACGACGCAGUCUCAGUCGACUCGACACCGGCCGACACACCGGGUACAUCGCGGCCGUCGACGCCCAGCGGCAACAAUAUGAGCAAGGCCGGCCCGGGGGGCAAGCUAUCGCGACGCGCACGCAAGGCCAAGAACAGCCCCGCGCGACCGUCGUCGGGGGACGAACAGAAGAAGGGGGCUAAAGCGCCCAAGAAGGGGCGCAAGUGGGAUGCCGACGGCUUCGCAGACGAGAGCGACGACGUGCAGUUAGACUACUCGGCGCAAGGCGGUGGUGGUGAUUUGGACGCCGCGGUCGACGGGACGGCAGCGCGGUCCUCGGCCGUAGACCAGGUGGACGCAUCGACGUGGGGGUCCAAGACAAGUAAGGGCAAGUUUGUCCUCCGGGACCUGGGCGACGAGGUGCACGGGAUCCUGGCAUCGGCCGAGGCGAAGAAGGCAGCGUCGAGCGCGGAGCAGCAGCGGUCAUCGGGUGGGCUGCUAGGGUCGAGCAUGAGUGCGGUGGGCGGGCUAUUCCGCAACGUGGUGGGCGGCAAGACGCUGACCAAAGAGGAUCUGGACAAGGCGAUGCGGGGCAUGGAGGAGCACCUGCUACGCAAGAACGUGGCGCGCGAGGCGGCGGUGCGGCUGUGCUCGGGCGUGGAGGAGCAGCUGGUGGGCGUGCGCACAGGCAGCUUCGAGAGCAUCAGUUCACGCAUCCAGACGGCCAUGGAGGCUUCGCUGACCAAGAUGCUGACGCCGACGUCGUCGCUAGACCUCCUGCGCGAGAUCGAUGCCGUCACCGCGCCCCCCGCCACGUCGCUGCGACGCGCCCGUCCCUACGUCAUGUCCAUCGUCGGCGUCAACGGCGUGGGCAAGUCGACCAACCUGUCCAAGAUAUGCUACUUCCUCCUGCAGAACAAGUACCGCGUCCUCAUCGCCGCCGGCGACACCUUCCGCUCCGGCGCCGUCGAGCAGCUGGCCGUCCACGUCCGCAACCUCAAGGAGCUCACGGCCCGCGAGAGCGGCGGCGAGGUCGACAUCUACCAAAAGGGCUACGGAAAGGACGCUGCCGCUGUGGCAAAGGAUGCCGUCGCCCACGCCGCCACCAACCACUACGACGUCGUCCUCAUCGACACCGCCGGCCGUCGUCACAAUGACCAGCGUCUCAUGUCUUCCCUCGAAAAGUUUGCCAAGUUUGCUCAGCCCGACAAGAUUCUCAUGGUCGGGGAGGCUCUGGUGGGAACCGACUCUGUCGCCCAAGCACGCAACUUCAACGCCGCCUUCGGGUCCGUCCGCACCCUCGACGGCUUCAUCAUCUCCAAGUGCGACACGGUAGGCGACAUGGUGGGCACCCUCGUCUCGCUCGUCUACGCCACCAACGUCCCCGUCCUGUUCGUCGGCGUCGGUCAGCAUUAUUCUGACCUGCGCAACUUCUCCGUCAAGUGGGCUGUUGAGAAGCUGCUCAGCAAUCAUUAA